AUGUUCUCUCUAGACGUAUCUUUGGCUCAAACACUUGCCCAGCUCGACCAGCCAGCUCCCGUAGAUUUUGACCCAGAAGAUAUAUCAAUUACGAAUGCCCAGCCAGAACACGCAAACGAACUACUUGAGAGCGCAGGUAGAGAGCACUAUGUAGACGUUGGUCUGUCUGCUCUCCGAAGCAAGCUGCAUGAAAGUCUUGCCGACCCGAAAUACGAGGGGGUGCACACCUCGAGAAAGCAACUCGAAAGCGACGCUGGCGACCUGUCGGAUGAUGUGCCUGACAGUUCUCGAGGGCAACCCGUGACCUCGGAGGAAGAAGAUGAGAAUAACGAUGGAGAGAACGAUGAAGAUACGGACAACGAUAGUCGUUCUAACGGCCUUCGAGAACACGCUCCGGAGCCUAUAUUGAACACAGAUUCCGCUCCACAAAGAACGGAAGAACAUGACCCUUCAAUUACGCUGAAGCGUGCGCGUGAGGAAGAACGAACAAAAGGCAAGGCAGUUGCAAGGCAACUAGUAAUAUAUGACAGACUCCUGGAUGCGCGAAUAAGAUUACAAAAACUCGUAUCCUCCACGAACAGAUUACCCGAUGCGACAGGCAUUCCAUACUACCUUGCGAGCUCUGAAAGCCGCGAUGCAGCUAACAAAUUACUUGCAGAAAGUUUGUCCCUCGCAGAUGAAUUGUUUGACUUCCAAGAGAAACUUAUGACUACUAAUGAAACCGUCACCGCCCCAGCUCGAAAACGUCGAAAAGUGGACCAAAUUGCUGAAGGGGACCGUGAUUGGGAAGAGGAAUUACAGGAAAGUAGUGCACACUUCGCAGAACUAGAGGCAACCUUUCACCCUCGUCUGCUCUCGACGCUACAAAAAUGGUCAAACAAGGUUCUGGCAAUUGCUCCUGCAACCCUUCUCCCCUCAAAUCGUACGAAAUUCUCGAGCAAAAACUCAAGUCAAAUGAAGGGGGCUGUCCAGCUCGUAGAUGAGGCGCUACUAGAGCGCGAUAAACUACUUGAAAGAACACGGAAUUGGCGUGGAUCGGAGAAUCGACUGCCCAGCGUUCGACAUUCGGAAAUUUCAGACGCUCCUCCUGAUAAUACAAUGACGGAUGUUUUCGACGACACGGACUUCUACCAGACAUUACUCCGGGACGUAAUCGAUGCACGGUCCGGGGCGGAAUCUGGUCUAGGUGAUCUUUCAGCGGAUUGGCGGGCAUCGCAGCAACAACGUAAAAAGACACGCCGUAGCACUGUUGACACACGUGCAAGCAAAGGUCGAAAGCUACGAUACGAAGUUCAUGAGAAGUUACAGAACUUUAUGGCUCCCGCUCCUCCGCCUGGUGGUGCUGUUUGGCACGAAGAACAGAUUGACGAGCUGUUUGCGUCGUUGCUGGGGAAGGGCUUUCCUGAUACUGAAGUACAUGAAGAGGACCAGGGAACGAUGGACGUCAACGUAGAAAAUGCUGUAAGGGGCGGGUUUAGAGUAUUUGGAUAG